AUCUUUCUAUCGGGCAAUCAACAGUCGACCGGAUAUAGUCUACCCCACUUUAGCAAAAAAAAAAAUGUCAUUUACCUCAAGAACGAAAGACACCCACACACUACUCUAGUCUUCAAGAUCCAUUUAGGCGUUUACCGAAACCAACGUCUCCCAUCUCCUACAUAAAGAAUCAUCUGGAGUCAAAGCUACUUUCAAUGAAUCUUAAGAAGUAGAUUAUUUUUCUUUUUUUACUCCCAAGAGAAUGCAUUCGAAAUUCCUAAAAGCUCCUCCAUCCUUUCCGUUAACCUCGCAGCACGGCUAUCAACCUUUCCCGAAAGUUGUUUCAUGUGUCAAGAACACAUCAUCAUCGUCUUCUUCUUCGUCGUCAGAGAACAAAAAUGGGUUCAAGAUUCUGGGUAAAUCUUUGGCUGAUUAUAAGACGAGGCUUAACGACUUAAACGGCAAUUUGAUGCAAGACCAUAUAAACAUCUGGGUAUCAAAGACGACGAACUUUCUGAAUGAAUUGACUUCUCCACAAGAUAAAAACCCCCCAAUUGAUAAUUCGUACGAGACUGAUGACGUGGAGGAAGUCUUCAUGACAGAGCACACUAUUGACAGCAGAACACCAUCGGGAGAUCUUUCUAUAGUUGCUAUUAUUUCCAUUGAACAAUUUAGCAGGAUGAAUGGAUUAACUGGGAAGAAAAUGCAGACGACAUUUAAAGAACUUGUGCCUGAAAGUGUGUCUAGUAAUGCCCGUAAUUUGGUGGAGUAUUGCUGCUUUAAGUUCUUGUGUAGAGAUACUUCAGAAAUUCAUCCUUCCCUUAAGGAACCAGCCUUUCAAAGACUGAUAUUUGCAACCAUGCUUGCGUGGGAGCAUCCUUACAGAAACAGCAAAGAUGAUAAAGUUCCAUUUCAGAGGAAGCUUGUAGGAGAAGAGGCGUUUGUUCGCAUUGCUCCUUCUGUUUGUGGGGUAGCUGAUUGGCCAACUGCACAUAACCUUUUCAAGGCUCUUUCUGGUGCUCAAAAAGGCAUCUCAUUUCGUGUGUGGUCAACAUAUGUCAAUGAACUUCUCAAAGUGUAUGAAAGAAGGAAAUCAUACCUUUUGGAGGAGAUUCCUGAUAUUGGUGAUGAGAGAAUUUUAUGCCUUGGUUCUGGUAGUAAAAAACCUGUUCUUAAAUGGGAGAAUAACAUGGCAUGGCCUGGAAAAUUAACUCUCACCGACAAAGCACUUUACUUUGAAGAAAUUGGUUUGAGGGGUAAACGUGAUGCCAUUAGAAUGGAUCUUACAGGACAUGGCUCACGGGUAGAGAAAGCUAAGGUUGGCCCAUUCGGUUCUGAGCUUUUUGACUCGGCUGUCUCCGUUACUUCUGGCCCAAAGUCCAAAUCAUGGAUACUUGAAUUUGUUGAUUUUGGAGGUGAAAUGAGGCGAGAUGUAUGGCAUGCUUUCAUAAAAGAAGUCAUAUCUGUACACCAAUUCGUACAAGAUUUUGGACCCAAAGAAAAAGCUCAAGCACUACACAAUGUAUAUGAUGCUAAAAAGGGUAAGACAAGGGCAACCGAUUAUGCCAUUAAUGGCAUUGCAAGACUUCAAGCUCUCCAAAUCAUUAAAAAGCUCUUGGAUGAGCCUACUAAACUUGUUCAAUUCUCAUAUUUACAAAACGCACCCUAUGGUGAAAUUGUCCUCCAAACUUUAGCAGUAAACUUGUGGGGUGGACCAUUGACCACAAGAUUAACAGACUCUAAUAAACCAGGCCAAGGGGUGAUGUCACCUGGUGAGGUGUCAGAAGUUUAUAGUAAUCAUGUGUAUGAUAUUGAUGGAAGUGUGUAUUUAAGGAGGUGGAUGAAGCAUCCUUCAUGGAAUUCUAGUGUUAGUAUUGCUUUUUGGAAGAAUGCUUCUGUGAAACAAGCACUUGUGUUGAGUAAAAGUCAUGUUGUUGAAGAUAAAAAUUUGGUAGAAAAGGCGAUGAUUACAUGUAGGGAUAAAUAUCAAGUGGUUGAAAGCACACAAGCCACCAUUGAAGCUGCCAUGAUUGAAGGGAUUCCUAGUAAUAUCGAUCUUUUCAAGGAGCUUCUGCUACCUUUGACUAUGGCUGCCAAGAACUUUGAGAAACUUAGACGAUGGGAAGAACCAUAUUUGACUGCAUCUUUUCUUGCAUUUACAUAUACACUCAUUUUCAGAAAUCUGUUAUGUUAUGUGUUCCCAACAACAUUAAUGGUGUUAGCAAGUUGCAUGUUAGUAGUUAAGGGGUUAAAGGAACAAGGACGCCUUGGAAGAUAUUUUGGGAAAGUUACCAUUUGUGAUCAACCACCAUCUAAUACAAUUGAGAAGAUUAUAGCUGUGAAAGAAGCCAUGCGUGAUGUAGAAAAAUUCAUGCAAACCCUAAAUGUUUCACUUCUUAAAAUCCGUACAAUUCUUCUUGCAGGACAACCCAAGAUAACAACAGAAGUUGCUGUGGUUCUGUUUUUUGGGUCUGCUACUCUACUCAUCAUCCCUUUCAAGUAUGUUCUUGCGUUUUUGACAUUUGAUCUCUUCACAAGAGAACUUGAAUUCAGGAAAGAAACAGUUAGGAGGUUCAAUAGGUUGUUGAAAGAACGUUGGGACACUGUGCCUGCUACCCCUGUAUCUGUAUUACCAUUCAUGUCCAAAAAUGAUGCCAUGGAUGAUGAAACGAAGGAAAGAAACAAUUUGCUAAGUUCAGAAAAAACUCGGAGAAAACAAUAAGUGUGCUUCUGUUUCUUGUUUUAUUCUGAUUAAACCAUUUGAACGUUUUAGGGUUCUUUGUACAGAGUGUUUUAAAACACUGAAAUAGUAGUGUUUUAGCAUAAUCAAAUAUUCGUUCAUGUUUUCGUGCAUAAAUCACAACAAAAGUCGUUCACAACUGUAAAAUAACGAAGACCCAAAAACCAAUUACGGUUUGUUAUUAGCAAGCGUACAUUGUUGUUCAUCAAUGGUGAUGGGUAAGGAAAUCAGAGGCUUUUGGUUUUAGUGUUGUCGUGGGGUUUCUUCCUCUUGGCGUAAUUCUUGAAAUGGAAGUUGAUGAAAAGGGCUAACAGGGAGGCGUUGAAAACGGCAUUGAAGCACCAACCGUAGAAUCCGGAGCAACCCGUUCCGGUAUAAUGGUAAUACAGCAUCAGACCGGACACCAUGAAGCUGAAGACGAAUUGGACAAUCUGACAGUUGGUGACCAAAACCUUCCACCAUGGACGCCACCCAAGUGCACACAGCAGGUAGUAUGCGUACAUUAGCACGUGGACGGAUGCGUUGGUAACAAGCGCCACCGGGAGUAGAGACUGCGAUGUGGAGAGCCAUACAUAGCACAUUGUGACCACCACAGUGUGGUGGUAGACGUGGAGGAAGGAAAGACGUCGGUUGCUUCCGCUGAGAAUGAUGAGGAGGGUGUCAAUGAAUUCAAGAAGUUUGGAGAAGUAGAAGAUCUGAGCCCAGAAGAAGACAGGGCCUUGUGGAGGGGUUGAAUUGGGUGGGAAGCAGAAGAUCCAGCGGUGGUUGGGCAUCUGGGAGUAGGUAGAGAGGGAACAUCCGACGGCCAUGAUGAGGGAGAGUAUGAGGAGGAUGAGGUUGUGGAGGGCGGAGAUGAGGCGGAGGAAGGUGGAAUUGAGGGUGGGAAGAUGGGCAUGGUGGAGGGUGAAAGUGAGGAGAAGGUAGGUGAAGAGGGUUAUGGAGAGGAAGAGAGGGGAGGCGCCCCAUGUUUGGUUGGGUUUCCACUGGAAAUUGGUGAUGGUUGGGUGGUCGACUAGCCAGUAAUGGAGUUUGGAGGUGAGGUCCUCCAUACACGCGCCGCCGUAGAGGAAAAGGAUUGGGAGCGCAAAUGAAGAGGAUAAGAUGCGAAUCGUUGGUCCCUAAUUUUGGACACUGGUCGUUGGUUGGACAUUUGUGGCCGUUUAACAACUCGUCAAUCGUCAUUUUAUUUUUAUUUUUUAGGAAAGCAUUAUAAUGUUACAAUAUAUUUGAGGGAUAUUUGAAAUAGGGG